AUGGGCUAUACACGGACCCAUUUACAUUCCCUCCAACCCAUUGUCUGUGUAACUUAUCUUCCCGUAUCAAAUCAAUCGCCGGUUUCAUAUCAAUGCAGGACUCGGAAAAACCAAACUCAACCCCAAUCUCUCACUGAGUCCACUCGGUUAUCUUCUUCUUUGUCUAUAUCCCAACAAAGCUUCCUCGAACAUCCUCUUGUGGUUUCGUUUCUAAUCGUCAGUUUCUUUAUGGGAUUAACGGUUAAAAACGCAAGUAGUGAUGGUGAGUGGACAGUGGUCUUACCAAAUAAAAGAAGACAUGGUAGAAGAAGAAAACCAAAACCUAAGGUUCAUGAAGAAGAAGAAGAGAAGCCAUGGAAGUCAGAUGAUCUUGAAAUUGAUCUACAGAGACAAGCAAGAUUAAAGAAGAAGAUGGAAAUCUCCAUCAAUAAAAUAGAGAGCUCAAAAUUCUACAGUACAUUCUUAGAACAGGUCAAGUCUUCAAAGGUUUCAGACCAGUUUCGUCUCGUGUUAGGCACUGAAACACAGCUUCAGAUGGUUAUGUAUGGUAUAGGAAGCAUAGAGUCUUACGAAUCUCCACGGUUUCAGCUGAGCGUUGCGAUUUUGAUGAAGAGAGAGUUUGGUUGGGUUGGGGACAUAGAAGUAUUCGAUCCAGUCCUCUCGGCGACUGAAUCUAGUGUACUAGAAUCUUUGGGAUGUACUGUUUUGUCUGUGAACGAGCAAGCUCGUAGGGAAGCUUUGAAGCCUACCCUUUUCUUCAUGCCACACUGUGAGGCCAAUCUGUACAGCAAUCUAUUGCAAGCAAACUGGAGAAUGGAUCGAUUGUCCAGGAUGGCUUUGUUUGGGAACAGCUUUAAGAUGUAUGAGGAGCAAGUGAUGUUAGAAGAGGAAGUCAUCCGUGCUACCAAACGGAUCAUAGCUGCAAGAAGAAUCACUAGUGAGUUUGCUAUUGAGAUUGUAUCAGAUGAUUAUUUUCCAGCUUUCCAUGAUUCAAGCUGGCAUUUUUUCAGUUCUGGUUUAGAUUCCGAGCUGCCAUUGUUGGUUUCAGAGGGAUCAUAGCUCAUUGUUUUUGCAUUUGUUAGAAUUUUGUUCUGCAUAAUCUUAGCCAUCAAGUAAAGAGUCGAACCAAUUGUUGUGCUUAGCAAAGAGUUGGUUUGCCCACCAAGUUGAUAUCACCGGUUAUGAAUUUUUGUAUUUCUUGUUGUGGCUAGAAGUUGUGUAAUCUCAGUUGAUAUAAUUACGAUUAGUCUAUUUUCAUUAGUUGCAAGCAAAUGAGAGAGAAAACAUGGACAAAUGUUAGUUGAGC